GGUAGAUUUGAUAUUGUGUUUUGAGAACCACUGAUUACUGCGCUAGUGAUGGAUCUCAACACUCUUUUCAAGGGUAGAUUUUGUUGCUUUCCCAAGGACCCGCUUGAAGAGGCUGAGACUUGGGGAGAGUCUGUGGACAAACUCCUGGGUUGUAAACCCGGGCAGGUGGCUUUCCGAGAAUUCCUUAAAUCCGAGUAUAGUGAGGAGAAUAUUCUGUUUUGGCUGGCCUGUGAGGAGUACAAGAACAUCACGUCUCUUCCAGAGAUGAUCUCAUCUGCAAACAGGAUCUACUCAGAGUUUGUAGAAUGUGAAGCACCGAGGCAGAUCAAUAUUGAUUGUGGGACCAGAGAAAAUAUCACCAAGAACAUCUCUCAGCCGAGCCUGACCUCUUUCGACACGGCACAGAAGUUGAUCUACAGUCUGAUGGCCAGGGAUUGUUACCCACGAUUCCUCAAGUCAGACGUCUACCAGGAUAUGCUGAGGGGAGCAAGGUGACUCUCUCAAACGACAAACACUCUAAAAGUGUUUCUCAACCUUUUAUGUACCACAGAUUGGCAAGAUAUAUAUAGUCCCUUCAUCCAUGGAGGACCACUUAGAUUAAAGGGGUAGUUCACUUUUUGGAGGUGUUAUCUUAUUUUCAAUUUACCUAGGGUUUUGUUACCUGGGAUGUAGUUUAGCGAUGUCCAGAAUAUCCUGGCUAGAACAUUUUAACUUUUUACGGCAGUGGGCUAAAUCAGGGUCACACGGAAUGACUCUUGGUAGUCUUAAACAAAUCUACUUUGAAACAAAAGUAUACACAUCACACACAUGGUCAUGGGCUUACAAAAAACAGAAGACACAUGCACCAUGUCAGAUAUAGAGUUGAAAUGUAUUCAGUUUUGAGUUUGUAUCCUAAUAUUACACUUUAUAUACAUCACAUAAGACUGAAAUAUAGCAAAACUGAAAUACCGGAUUUUUGUUGGUCUUUUUUAAUAAUCUUUAUUAAUGAUGAAAUUAUUAAAUAUAUGAAUAACAUUCCACCCAUGAGGCCAACGACGGAGCUUUUGGUCAUUGACUGCAGGAAAAGGCUACAUGUAGCAAUGCAAGUGGAAACGUAUUGUAUCAUAGUGAUGCAAAAGAGUGAACUAUCCCUUUAAUGUGUGGCAAUCCUUAAUUGAAAUAACAAAGUGGGAAACCUCUCCUCUGUUUUGGUAAAAAGCUGAGGAUUGGGCCUGAAGAAAUGUAACAACGUUUACAACAUUGGAGUAAAAUAAGCUAAUAUUUGGGGUUCUGAUGGAUUUUGGCAGUUUAACUAUAUUUGUGAGUUAUAUUUGUCAAGACUCAAUAGGUACAUAUCAUUAAUCUAUACCUCCAAAAAUGGAUUUCGCAACUGU